AUGGCACCCUCUAUCGCCACGACCCCGUCGCUCGAGACGGCGCAAGACGUGAUCUCGAAAUCCAGGAACUCCCAGUUCCCUCCUAACCUCCUCCCUGUUACUGCCUCAAUUCCCGCCGAUCUUUUGACCCCGACAUUGGCAUACUUGAAGAUUGCAGAGAAUUCGCGAUUGUCAUUUUUGUACGAGAGUGCAGCUACCACGGAAACCAUUGGACGUUACAGCUUUGUUGGUGCAGACCCCAGAAAAGUCAUCAAGACCGGAGAAGGACAUGGACCGGCAGCGGAUCCCCUCCCCUACCUCGAGGAAGAGCUUUCUCAGUUCCGUGUCGCCUCAGUACCCGGAUUGGUCCUCCCGCCAUUGACCGCUGGUGCAAUCGGAUAUGUUGGAUAUGACUGUGUUAGAUACUUUGAGCCGAAGACGGCACGGCCGAUGAAGGAUGUCCUUGGAGUGCCCGAGUCGUUCUUCAUGCUCUUUGAUACGAUUAUCGCAUUCGACCACUUCUUCCAGGUCGUCAAGGUCAUCACCUACGUCCCUAUCCCCUCGGUCGAUGCCGAUCUCGAGGCCUCCUACGCCAAGGGCCACGCCAUCAUCCAGAAGACAAUUGAGACCCUGCUCCAGGACCGCACGCCUCUCCCCCCUCAAGGACCCAUCAUCCCCAACCAGGAGUACACAUCCAAUAUCGGACAGGAAGGCUAUGAGAACCACGUCAACCGACUGAAGCAGCACAUCGCCAAGGGCGACAUCUUCCAGACCGUGCCCUCCCAGCGCCUAUCACGACCCACCUCCCUCCACCCUUACAACCUCUUCCGCCACCUCCGCACCGUCAAUCCCUCCCCAUACCUGUUCUACAUCGACUGCCAAGACUUCCAGCUGGUAGGAGCCAGCCCCGAGCUCCUAGUCAAAGAAGAGCGCGGCCGCAUCAUCACGCACCCAAUCGCAGGAACCGUCAAACGAGGCAAGACCCCAGAAGAAGACACAGCGCUAGCCAACGAACUGCGCAGCAGUCUAAAAGACCGCGCCGAGCACGUCAUGCUAGUCGACCUAGCCCGCAACGACGUAAACCGCAUCUGCGACCCUAUCUCAACCCAAGUCGACCGCCUAAUGGUCGUCGAGAAAUUCUCCCACGUCCAGCACCUCGUCUCGCAAGUCUCAGGAAUUCUCCGUCCAGGAAUGACCCGCUUCGACGCCUUCCGCUCCAUCUUCCCAGCCGGCACUGUCUCCGGCGCCCCCAAGGUCCGCGCCAUGUCUCUGAUCGCCGAAUUGGAAGGCGAGAAGCGAGGCGUCUACGCCGGUGCUGUUGGUUACUUUGGUUAUAACAGCGCCAGCGUUGAUGGAUCCUCCGAGGAACCCGGUGCCAUGGAUACUUGUAUCGCCCUGCGCACCAUGAUGGUCAAGGAUGGCGUUGCUUACCUCCAGGCUGGUGGUGGUAUUGUCUUCGACUCGGAUCCCUAUGAUGAGUAUAUCGAGACGAUUAACAAGCUCGGUGCCAAUAUUGCUUGCAUUAAGGGUGCCGAGGCUAAGUAUUUGAGCAUGGAGCAGUAG